CGCUUCCUCACCUCGGCACCAAAUCAGCCACACACAGCGACAGGAGACAAGGACGGAGCUCGAGCACUAGGAACCACACAAUACACCACGGACCACCAGAGGAAACACCUAAAGCUUCGUUAUUUUGUCCCCACCGCUCCUAAACUUGGGACAGUAAAUCUAUUUUUUUCUUUUUUUGGGGGGGGGACUAAACGAAGCUUUGAUAUCUGUAGUUUUGCACCGUUUUUGUUACUUUUUUUUCCUUUCACAGAUCCGCUCACAAGAAGUCGGUAAAAUGGUCCUUUUGUUUUGAGCGCGCUCGUUCUCUUUCUCGUUCUUUAUGUGCGUCCUCGAGUUGAAGGAUCGUUUUUUUCGCCACCUCGCCUUGCAGUAAUGUGUCGCUCGAUAUUGGCAGACUAGCGUCUGGAAUCGCUUCUCACCGGGAACCCGGGUCUGAACGAACGCCCCAAGAUGUUGACACAGACUCGCUAAGCACCCACGAGAGACCGCGGCCUCCACAACCCCUGACCCCCCUCCCCCUCCUCCCCCCCACCCCCAACACUUCCUGCGAGCUAGCCUCCGCUUCCUCCUUCGACCAUGUCGAACCUCAGCAACGCCCUGUGCAUUGAGAACGCCCAGAAUUCGGACGUGUCCCUCCUGCAGAAGGACUUGCUUCAGGACGGUGGAUUAAGCCAGCUGUUGGAUUACAAUGCCGAGAUGGAACGCUACCGCUCCUUCGCCAACUUCUACAAAAACAACGGAGGAUUCCCGCAGGCCGCCAAAAUCGCCCGCAUCACGACGCCCAUUUUCCCCAGCGCCAGGAUCGGAAUGUCCCCAUGGAACUGCGACAACGCCAUGCUCUGGGGCAGGAAGUCAGCUGCCAUGAACCCUAACAGGACCGGCAUGCACAGGAACGACUCCCACAGGCACGGGAAGCCCGGUUUGUCGCCAGAGACGCUGCAAAUGGCAAAUAAUAAUUUCCUCUCUACCUUAUCCCCCGAACACUGCAGACCUUUAGCCGGGGAAUGCAUGAACAAGCUGAAAUGCGGCGGCGCCGAAGCAGAGAUAAUGAAUCUCCCGGAACGCGUCGGAACUUUUUCCGCCAUCCCGGCUUUAGGGGGCAUCUCAUUACCUCCCGGGGUCAUCGUCAUGACAGCCCUUCACUCCCCCGCAGCCUCCGGUGCCGUCACAGACAGUGCGUUUCAAAUUGCCAAUCUGGCGGACUGCCCGCAGAAUAACUCCUCAGGAUCCGGCGGGGGAGGGGGGAACCCGGCCAAGAAGAAGAGGAAGAGGUGCGGGGUGUGCGCGCCGUGCCGCAGGCUCAUCAACUGUGGCGUGUGCAGCAGCUGUCGAAACCGCAAGACGGGCCACCAGAUAUGCAAGUUCAGGAAAUGCGAGGAGUUGAAGAAAAAGCCUGGUUCCUCGCUCGAGUCACGUUUCUAA